ACCUACUUUUACUUUACUUUACCUUACUCGCUUGACUCCUUCCCCCUACCCACUCAUAAUGUUACGCAGAGUGCCUGUCCUACCUCGGCGGGCGAUAUCCUUGACACGUCCAUCUGGCCCUAGGUUUCUCUCCACAGUUCCUCUUCCCAUCUCUACAGCGUCCUCCAGUCGGAAUGUCAUCCUUGAGCUCGACGCCCGCAAGGUUGGAAACGAAAUUCGAAAGAGGGGUUUGGUCAAUAUGCUCUCCAGUGCACAGAGAGAUGGAGGAAUGGACAGAGACACCAUCAUCCGUCUGCUCUACUCGCUUGGAUCACGACACGAAGUCGAGCGUUAUCUACGAAUCUUCACAUCCUCCUCAAAAGUCUCCACAGGCGGUGUACUCCCAGAAGCAAAGUUUGCCGUUCUCAAAAUCGGAGGAGCUAUCCUUAGCAACGAGCUUGACGACCUGGCCUUGUCUUUGUCCUUCUUGAACAGACUUGGGUUGUAUCCUGUGGUGCUCCACGGUGCUGGUCCGCAGCUGAACGACAUAUUGGAAUCAGAAGGGGUCAUCCCAGAUUAUGAAGACGGUAUACGAAUCACAGAUGCCAGAACCCUUCAGGUUGCCCGACGCGUAUUUUUGCAAGAAAACCUAAAGCUCACAACCGCCCUGGAACGUCUGGGUACCCGUGCACGUCCCAUCCCCACGGGUGUCUUCACUGCCGACUACUUAGACAAGGCGAAAUAUGGUCUAGUGGGGAAAAUCACCCGUGUCGACAAGGCUCCCAUUGAAGCUGCUAUCAAAGCGGGUUGUCUGCCAAUCCUGACAUCCUUGGCGGAGAACGCAGAGGGUCAGAUACUCAAUGUCAACGCGGAUGUGGCAGCUGGCGAGCUGGCCAAGGUGCUGGAGCCCAUGAAGAUCGUCUACCUCAAUGAAAAAGGCGGUCUCUUCCACGGUGUCACCGGCAAGAAGAUCUCACUCAUCAACCUGGACGAAGAAUACGACAGUCUCAUGAAAGAAUCAUGGGUCAAAUUCGGUACCAAGCUCAAAUUGCGCGAGAUAAAAGAGCUCCUCGAUACUCUUCCUCGUACUUCCUCCGUCGCCAUCAUUUCCACAGACAUGUUGCAGAAGGAGUUGUUCACGGACGAAGGUGCUGGCACGCUUAUCCGACGUGGUUAUAAGCUUUACAAACUGCCUUCGGUCGAAGCUGUAGGGUCGACACAACUCCGUCAGGUGUUCAGUGAACGCGAUCCGGACGUUUUGGCAGGUCGAAAGUCUGUUGCGGAAAUCUUUUCCGAAUUAAAAGAUGGUCAGCAUACAAUCUACGGGGACGAACCCUUCGACGUAGUCGCUGUUGUCAGUCAUCCCGAAGGUGAAACCCCUGUCAUGACGAAAUUCCUCCCUUCCCGCAACGGGAUCCUCAACAAGAUUGUUGAUAAUGUCUUCGAAGCUAUCCGAAAAGAUCACAAGAGAUUGUUCUGGACUGCACGGGCCGACGACGAGAACCGAGCAUGGCAUUUUGAACGAGCGGAUGGGUGUUUCACAAGAGCUGGUAGGAGUUUGUUCUGGUACGGCGUUCCGAACGUGAAAGAUGUGGAACAUAUAAUCGAGGGAUUUGAACAGAACGGACGUAUAGAGAGAGUCUUCCUUCCUGUCGGUCCAUCCGUACCACCUCAUCGAUUGUCUACUCCGGCAUCUGGUACCCGACCUUAUUCCACUUCUGCUAGAUUGUUCUCUACCUUUCGCCCUUCCCUCUCUACUCAAUUUGAAGCUCCAUCUACCGACAUAACCUCUCGACGUGGGUACGCCACUGCCCUUCCUCGGAAGAAAGUAGCUCUUAUAGGUGCUCGGGGUUAUACAGGUCAAAACCUUAUUUCUUUAAUCAACUCCCAUCCUCAUUUAGAUCUCUCACACGUAUCUUCUCGAGAACUCGCCGGACUUCCUUUGAAAGAAUAUACAAAAUCCCCCGUAACCUAUUCCAAUCUCUCCCCUGAGACUGUGGGGAAGAUGGCUGAAAACAACGAAGUAGACGCUUGGGUAAUGGCUCUCCCAAAUGGGAUAUGUAAACCAUUCGUCGAUGCGAUAGACUCGGCAGUUGGAAAAGGAGGUAAAGGUGUCAUAGUGGAUCUGAGUGCGGAUUAUCGAUUUGAGAAAGAUUGGACUUAUGGAUUGCCUGAAUUAUACGGUCGUGAGAAAGUAAGAAAUUCAAAAAGAGUUUCUAAUCCCGGUUGUUAUGCGACCAAUACUCAAUUGUUGGUGGCUCCAUUGUUAUCGGUUUUAGAUAAGGACCAAGCUCCUACUGUAUUUGGGAUCAGUGGGUAUUCUGGAGCUGGGACUAGGAGUGGGGAGAAGGAUGAGGAAGGGAGACCAAGGACAGUUCCGAAGAUCAGUCCAGAAGAUCUAGCAGGAGGAGUCAAACCUUAUUCCCUUACUGAUCAUAUACACGAAAGAGAAGCUUCUACACAUUUAUCAACUCUUCUUUUCCCUUCUUCCUCUUCCUCUUCCUCUCCCUCUCCCUCUUCUCUUUCGUCCACCUUAACAAACUUGACAUCUUCUUCUCCCUCGACAAUCUUAUCAAACUUGAAAUCUUCUUCAUCUUCAUUCUCAUCAAAAUCAUCUCAAGAAAUACAACCUAAAGAAGGAUUCUCAUUAAAUUUCAUACCGACAGUAGGACCUUGGUUCUCCGGUAUAAUAUCAAUCCUCAAUGCUCCACUUGAGAAAUCAAUGAGAGCAUCUGAAAUACAAGAUUUAUAUUUUGAGAAAUAUGAAAAAGAAGGUUUGUUGAGAGUUGGGAAAAACGUGCCGGAUGUCAUUAGGAAUGUGGAGGGUAAACAUGGUUGGAGAAUGGGUGGAAUACAGGUUCAUAGUAGUGGUAAAAGGGUUGUUGUUGUUGGAGCAUUGGAUAACUUACUGAAAGGUGCCGCGACACAGUGUAUGCAAAAUCUGAAUUUGGCAUUGGGAUACGACGAGCUGGAUGGGAUACCUCUAGAUAAGAUCUGAUCGGGAAACUGGUAAAUGUCGUAUGCAUAUGCUACAAAACC